AUUGUUUGCAGAUAAAAUUCCCUUUGUCCGCCCUCGUGACUCGGACGCGUUCUAUAAUCUAAGAUCGCGGUCAAUAGUCGCGCUAUUGUUAUCAUAUUGUAGCGUCGUAUACCUUAUCAUCUGAACGUUUUGUUUGACUCCAUUUAUUCAUUUAUCCAUUACCGUUCACGAGUUCACGACGAAAUAUAUUGAAAUAUAUAUUUCGCGUCAUAACGCCGCAGUAACAACCAGCCCGUGAAUCUCUUCCCGGUUUCCAGCGUUCAGUUUUCGACGUCCAGCCCACGUGCCCGAGUCCUAUCGCCGAGCGGGAUUGCAGGAGGUCGAUUUUGCCUACAACAAGAGAUACGAACAAUACGCAUGUCAAUCCAAAAUCUCAACGUAUUUGACCCGUUUGCUGAUGCAAACAAGGGUGCAGACGAUGACGUGCAAGACGGACUUGUUCACAUAAGAAUUCAACAGCGUAAUGGUCGUAAGACAUUAACAACGGUUCAAGGUCUGUCGUCAGAAUAUGACUUGAAGAAGAUUGUACGAGCCUGCAAAAUGGAGUUUGCUUGCAAUGGCACUGUAGUUGAUCAUCCCGAAUAUGGCGAAGUGUUACAAUUACAAGGGGACCAGCGAGAAAACAUUUGCCAAUGGUUAACUAAAUGUGGUCUUGCCAAGUCUGAUCAACUCAAGGUCCAUGGUUUCUAAAACUUUGUAUCAUUACAUUACUCAGUCAAACAAAUCACAAUAAAUUAAAAAUUAAAAACAUGCGUUAAUAAAUUUAAUGUUUGAUUCUA